UUACCAUAAGAGAUAAAUUGUGUGCUGUACAAUAGGAGAGCCGGGUACGAAACUGUCCAUUACUAUUCUGUACCGGGGGACAGUACAGGAAUCGGGUACCUAUUAGAUAAUAUUAAUUGAAAAGGGAAAUUAAAAGGCAAAAAAAAUAUGUCGGCAAAUAAAGAUGGAGACGGUGGAUGGAAGAGCUUUCUGUGGAAUACGGAAAGGAAGGAAUUUCUAGGACGCACUGGUGGCAGUUGGUUUAAAAUCUUGUUGUUCUACCUGAUCUUCUAUGGAUGCUUGGCUGGGAUUUUCAUUGGGACCAUCCAGGCCCUGCUGCUAACCCUUAGUAACUACAAACCCACCUACCAGGACAGAGUCGCCCCACCAGGUCUAUCCCACACCCCACGCUCUGAGAAGUUUGAGAUCUCUUACAACGUCAACGAUGUGGAGACGUAUCUGAAAUACACCAAGAGCAUCAAGGACUUCCUGGAGAUGUACGAUGAGGAGAAGCAGACCGACCAGAACAAGUACGAAGACUGUGGAGCAUUACCUGAAUCGUACAGGGACCGUGGUGAGCUGGAGAGUGACCUUGGAGCGAGGAAGGCCUGCAGGUUCAAGCGGACCUGGUUGGGACCCUGUGCUGGUCUGGAUGGUCACGACGAAAACUUUGGCUUCAAGGAUGGGAAACCCUGUUUGAUCGCCAAGCUCAACAGGAUCAUCAACUUCCGACCAAGGCCUCCAACCAACAAUGCCUCCGUCCCUGAAGCCGGCCAGAGCAGAGUCCAGACCAACGUUAUCCCCAUCCACUGUCAGAACAAGAGAGAGGAGGAUGCUAGCAAGAUUGGUGAGAUCAAGUACUACGGCAUGGGCAUGGGGUUCCCCCUCCAGUACUACCCCUACUAUGGCAAGCUGCUGCACCCCAAUUACCUACAGCCUCUGGUGGCCAUCCAGUUUACCAACCUCACCUUCAACGAGGACCUGCGUCUUGAGUGCAAAGUGUAUGGAGCGAACAUUGACUACAGCGAGAAAGAUCGCUACCAAGGACGAUUUGACGUUAAGUUCACCAUCACCAAUUCAUGACCUCAGAAAAACAUACUGUUAUCUUCCCACAUUUCAAAACAAGAUGAUUUAGAAAAAAAAAAAAAGUUAUAUUAAAACCACGACUAGUCUUGGAACAAACUUUCAUAAUAUACGGGACCUAGAGUCAAUCUGUGUGCAUUACACUGGCUUCCUGCAUAAUGUCUAGGGUUAGAAUGUACAUUACAGGAAGAGUAACAAUAGCAACAUAUUUAUUCUACUGUAAAUGAGAAGUCCCUGAGCCAUGGGACAUGUUCAUCUCUUACUGUAAAUUGCAAUUCCACUACUGAUAUGUAGCGAGCAGUGUUUCUGUCUGUCCCCCUAAGUAUUCUGCCUAAUGUGGUUUCUAUAUAUGUUUGGAGUGUCCAGUACAGUAGUGGCAUACAGUGGUCCUUUCCAAGCCAUGUUGUAAUUUCUGUUGUCUUAUGUCAGUAAGCUUUAGUGGUCCAAGGUGUGUUUGUGUUUUAAUGUGAGUGUGUGGAUAUGUGUUAAUGUGCUCUUACUAACUGUAAAUACUGGCAUGGUACGCUCUGAUCUCCAAGUCUGUCAGUAAACGGAUGCACUCCCUGGAAUGCU